AUGAGUGAGCACUACCAUUUUAUGUUUGUGCACGGUGCAGGGCAUGGAGGACGGUGUUGGUACAAGCUCGCUAAUUCACUAAGGGAGAGUGGACAUAAAGCCACCUGCAUCGACCUCAAGGGCGCUGGGAUUAACCCAACCGAUCCAAACACUGUCUCAACUCUUGAUGACUACGACCAGCCUCUCUAUGACUUCCUCUCUCUCAGGCAAGGACCAUUUGUUCCAACCAAAACUUCAAGACUUAAAUGGUCUCCCUGUGGCCUCCUGCUCAUAACUUCCUUCUUCCAGACAGUGACCACUCUGCAUUUUUCUCCCAACCUCAAGAUCUAA